AUGAAGAAAGAAAAUCAAUCCUCUAACCUGGAUUUUAUUCUCCUGGGAGUUACGAGUCAGCAAGAACAGAAUAAUGUCUUCUUUGUGAUUUUUCUGUGCAUUUACCCCAUCACACUGACUGGAAAUCUGCUCAUCAUCUUGGCCAUCCAUGCUGACAUUCGUCUUCACAACCCCAUGUAUUUUUUCCUUGCUAACCUCUCCUUGGUUGACAUCAUCUUCUCAUCUGUAACUAUCCCUAAGAUGCUGGCCAACCAUCUCUUGGGCAGCAAGUCCAUCUCCUUUGGGGGAUGCCUAACGCAGAUGUAUUUCGUGAUAGCCUUGGCCAAUGCAGACAGCUAUACCUUGGCUGCAACGGUAUAUGAUAGAGCUGUGGUCAUCAGCCGCCCACUUCAUUACACAACAAUUAUGAGUCCACGGUCUUGUGUCCUGCUUAUUGCUGGGUUUUGGGUGAUUGGAAACGCCAGUGCCCUCCCCCACACUCUGCUCACAGCUAGUUUGUCCUUCUGUGGCAACCAGGAAGUGGCCAACUUCUACUGUGACAUUAUGCCUUUGCUGAAGUUGUCCUGUUCUGACAACCACUUUAAUGUGAAGAUGAUGUCUGGGGUCGGCGUUUUCUCUUUGCCAUUACUAUGCAUCAUUGUCUCCUAUGUUCAGGUCUUUUCCACAGUCUUCCAAGUUCCAUCUACCAAGAGCCUAUUCAAAGCCUUCUGCACCUGUGGCCCCCACCUCACAGUUGUUUUUUUAUAUUAUGGUACAACGAUGGGCAUGUAUCUCCGCCCGCUGACCCGUUACAGCCCAAAAGAUACAGUGAUAACUGUGAUGUAUGUGGCAGUGACCCCAGCAUUAAAUCCUUUCAUCUAUAGUCUGAGAAAUCGGGAUAUGAAGGCGGCCCUGCAGAAACUCUUCAGCAAGAGAAUCUCCUCAUAG